CGUCUUGACUGUGACUUGCGGAAGUGAAUGUUCAAGACACUGGUCUACAGUUGGUGGUUGAUUUUAGUUAGUUAACGGUUAGCUAGAUAAAUUAAUAAUAAUUUAUUUAUAAUUUGCUGUUUUGAUUACGUGUGGAGAAAAGAAACGUCGAUGUAGUGAACUUAUUACUAUAGACUUCAUGUAGUCUGUGUGGGAGGUGUCCAUACUUCUAAUACAAUAAAAGUUAACUUUGUGUUUUAAUCAAAUUACCUUCGUUGAGCUGUCAAAACUGUUAAUGAAUAGCUAAUUUAUUUAGCCAACGGGAGCUUAGAAAACAACUAGAGCAAACUAUGGCAUAUUUCCUCUCAACACACUUAAAUUCAACGCUGUGGAAGCUAAAACCUUUGGCAUUGAAAACCACUUCAGCAGGAGCACUGCUAAUUGCAAAUCAGCGCAAAUACAGCAGUAAAGAUGAUGCAGGAUCCGAAUACUUGCAUAGAAGUGUUGUUCCAACUAUGCACUACCAAAAGAGUCUGCCGCGAUUACCAGUACCAAAACUGGAGGAUACAAUACGGAGGUAUCUCGCAGCUCAAAGACCACUGUUAAAUGAUGAACACUACAGUAAUACAGAGAAAGUGGCACAUGAUUUCCAGAAUGGAAUUGGCAAGCAGUUGCAUGAGGAGCUUGUGGCACAGGACAAGAGGAAUAAGCACACCAGUUAUAUUUCAGCACCAUGGUUUGACAUGUACCUAUGUGCCCGUGAAUCUGUGGUCUUGAACUUUAAUCCCUUCAUGUCCUUCAAUCCUGACCCCAAACCGGAGUACAAUGACCAACUCAUUCGGGCCACUAACAUGGUGUGCUCUGCGGUGCGGUUUAUGAAGACCCUGCGUGAUGGUCUCCUUGAACCAGAGGUGUUCCACUUAAACCCUGCUAAGAGCAACACUGAUUCCUUCAAAAGGUUCAUCCGAUGGGUGCCCUCUUCUAUCUCAUGGUUUGGAGCCUACAUGGUGAAUGCGUAUCCCUUGGACAUGUCUCAGUACUUCCGUCUGUUCAAUUCCACACGCAUCCCCAAACCAAAACGUGAUGAGCUCUUCACGGGCCAGAAAGGCAAUCACCUACUCGUCAUGAAAAAAGGCAAUAUGUAUGUAUUCGAUGUGGUGGACAGGGAUGGUAAUCUGGUGAAGCCAUCUGAGAUCCUUUCACACCUCAAAUACAUUCUAUCAGAUUCUGCUCCGGCUCCUGCAUUUCCCGUGGGGGUCCUGACAAGUGAGAACAGAGAUGUUUGGGCAGGGCUGAGGGAGAAGCUUAUAGAAGCAGGGAACAGAGAGGCUCUAGGGCUAGUGGACAAUGCUCUCUUUUGUCUUUGUCUUGAUGAGGAGGAGAUGCGUGACCACAUACACAUCUCCCAUCACAUGCUUCAUGGGGAUGGAUGCAAUCGCUGGUACGAUAAGUCGUUCAGUAUGAUCCUAACUAAGGAUGGGCAGGCAGCCAUUAAUUUUGAGCACUCUUGGGGUGACGGUGUAGCUGUCCUACGUUUCCAGAAUGAAGUCUAUAAAGACAGCACAGCGAAGCCGCUAGUUGGGCCAAAAACCCAGCCUGCUACUAUAGACUCUGCUUCUGCAGUCCAGAGGCUGGAGUUCAAUUUGAAUCCUGAACUGGAGAGUGGAAUAGUGAAGGCCAAAGACAACUUCCACGCUGCUGUCUCCAAGCUCACUAUCAACGCUAUGGAGUUCAGAAAAGGAGGAAAAGAGCAGCUAAAGAAGAAGAAGCUCAGCCCUGAUGCCAUUGCCCAGCUGGCCUUCCAGAUGGGCUUCCUACGUCAGUAUGGGAAGACCGUGGCUACGUACGAAUCCUGUAGUACUGCAGCCUUCAGGCAUGGUCGUACUGAGACCAUCCGUCCCGCCAGCAUUCACACACAGCGCUGCGCACAAGCCUUCGUUCAGCAGCCUGGCCAGCACAGUGUGGAACAGCUCCAGGGCCUGCUGGACGCCUGUUCCAAAUACCAUAGCCAGCUCACCAAAGAAGCAGCCAUGGGACAAGGAUUUGACAGACAUCUCUUUGCCUUGCGCUACCUGGCGAACACUAAAGGAAUGGCAGUGCCAAGUCUGUAUCAGGACCCAGCAUAUGCAGCUAUAAACCACAACAUCCUGUCCACCAGCACCCUCACUAGCCCUGCCAUCAACCUGGGUGGCUUUGCACCUGUAGUGUCGGAUGGUUUUGGAGUGGGAUAUGGCAUCCAUGACAACUGGAUUGGGUGCAAUGUAUCUAGCUACCCAAGCAGAAAUGUCCAUGAAUUCCUUCAGUGUGUCCAAAAGUCCCUGGAGGACAUUUUUACAGUUAUUGAUGGAAAGCCAAUUAAGUCUAGUUCAGUUUAAUUCAGGGAAAAGGAAAGGUCACUGCACAUUGAAGGGUAUUUAAGAUUUUAUUGCAAGACCUAACUUUAGAACAUGUCUAGCACUUACUAUUAAACAGUAUAAAUCCUGUUGAUCACUUAGAAGUGAUACCAUGACAUAGACCGUUACUGUGAACUAGAGAUUACCAAUUACGUACUGUGUAUUUCACUCUUAACCUUCGAAAAUAAUUUGCAAUUAAAUAAGUGUUGAGUGUUUUUUUGGGGGGUGGGGGGUGCUCACAAACACAGCCUAGGAAAUUGUUUUUAUAUAAAAUUUAUUUAUCUAAUAUCUUUUCUCUUAUUUUCUCCAAGGGCAUGUUAGAGUGACUACCUUUGAAGAUGUGCUUAACAGAGACUAGAACUAUUGAUUUGUUGGAAUUCUUUUUUGUGUAAAGUGUGUAAGAAUUUAUGGGGGGAAAAAGUACAUCAGAACCUGACAGUGUGUUGGUAAAGAUCGGGUUUUCUAUCUAUGAAGGCACAUUAGUGUCAUUAGUGAAAUAUUAGACACAUUUGGAAAAAUAUUCAGCUCAGUCAGAACUUGAACACUGCUGUGAAGCUUGUACAUAAAAUAGUUAAAAGCCAGAGUUUUAUACUUUUAACAACUCAGGAAACUGAGUUGAUACUAUGAUUAAUUGUCUUUAGCUUUGUGUGUAAAUAUACUGAAGCACAGAAAUAUUCA